CUGUCACCCUUCGUGUACUGUGUAGUCAGCAGCAACCUCGUGGUGUUGUGGAAAUUUGCGUGUGAUAUUCUCCAGGUUAUGUUCAUAACAACUAUAUACCUGAGUUGUUAGUGCUUGUUUUUGGCCUGACCGUUAAAAUCGCUACAUGUAUCUUCGUAAAAGAAACGGCUGAGUGUGUGACGUGCUGUCAGGAGCAGUUUGUCUACGUAGUAAUCUCCUCAUAUACUUCGUGGCUAACGAGAAAAGGGGGACAGUGAAAUUCAAAGACUGUAGAACUGAAGUGAUGGACCAGGAGCCAACUAAGUGGAUAAAGAAAGAUGAAACUGAUGAAGUAGAAACUGAGUUACACUUCAUAGCCCAAGAUUAUCCAUGCAGCAUGAAUGUAAAAGAAGAGUUGGAGGAGAGUGUGAAUAAAGAGUUUCUUGAAGACCCAUUAAAGGCCUGCGACUCUAGUGUUUGCAUAAAGCAAGACCCCGAACUGAAACACCGUGCUGCUGGAUCUGAGCAUAAUUCUGUUGAAGAUCCAUUGGGAAUAUCUUUGUCCACUGAUUUUAUCAAGGAGGAUCCUGAAUUAAAUAUAACUGAGAAUACUUUUCUUGAAGACCCAUUAAAGGCCUGCGACCCUAGUGUUUGCGUAAAGCAAGACCCCGAACUGAAACACCGUGCUGCUGGAUCUGAGCAUAAUUCUGUUGAAGAUCCAUUGGGAAUAUCUUUGUCCACUGAUUUUAUCAAGGAGGAUCCUGAAUUAAAUAUAACUGAGAAUACUGUGGAAACCUCAAUAAGAUGUGCAUCUGAUAGUGCAAGAUUUACUCAGACUACUGGUGGGAGUUGCAGCAUAUCAUGUGAAGAAACUUGUCACCAUAGACUGGUCCAGGAUGAGUUGGUGAUAGGCAUGGAGAAGUCAACACAUGGGUUCAGUACCAAUACAGAAGAUCUGACUAUUGAUAAGGAAUGCUCAGUUGCCACCCAAUAUGACUGUAGUAUGAGGGGAAAGGAAUUACAUGUAUAUAGCUGUAAUUUCUGCCAACAGAGCUUUUCUUCAAAAUACAGACUCAUAAUGCAUGUGUUUAUGCACAUUGAUGGAACGCAACCACCUUUGUAUGUUUGUAAGUGGUGUGGUGAGGUAUUUCACAGUAAUGUUGGCUUGAAAAAGCAUAUGAGAAUGAGUGAGAAUUGUCGAGUUUUAACUGCUGACAGUCAUGAAAAAUAUGGACAUAGUGAUGAGCAUCAAACCACUACCUCGUUGGAUAGCGAGGCAGAAGUUUCUGUCAUAGAAUACAAUGACCAGUCUUCAUGUAAGGAAACUUGGAAAGAUUCAAAGAAGCCCUCUAAUGACAUAUGUAACACACAUAUGGCAAAUGAUAGAGAGAAAACAAGUAAUUAUGGACCUUUGUCUAUAGCUGUUAAUGUCAGUGCGCAGGCUGAUCUACUUACUGCAAACAGAACUCACAGAUGUGGUAUUUGUGGCAAAUUGUUUGCUAGGUCUGGUGAUCUCAACGGACAUGUUUCCAUUCAUACUGAGAAAAGACUUCACAAAUGUGAUAUUUGUGAGAAAUGGUUUGCCCAGUCACGUUAUCUAAAGGCUCACACAUUAAUUCACACUAGGAAGAAACCUUACAUGUGCGAGAUUUGUGGGAAAUCUUUUACUACGAUAGGUGACUUCAAGAAACACACAUUGAUUCACACUGGAAAUAAACUUCACAAAUGUGAUAUUUGUGAGAAAUGGUUUACCCAGUCACGUUAUCUAAAGGCUCACACAUUAAUUCACACUAGGAAGAAACCUUACAUGUGCAAGAUUUGUGGGAAAUCUUUUACUAGGAUAGGUGACUUCAAGAAACACACAUUGAUUCACACUGGAAAUAAACCUCACAAAUGUGAUAUUUGUGAGAGAUGGUUUGCCCAGUCACGUUAUCUAAAGGCUCACACAUUAAUUCACACUAGGAAGAAACCCUACAUGUGCGAGAGUUGUGGGAAAUCUUUUGCUGUGUUAGGUGAUCUCAAGAAACACACAUUAAUUCACACUGGAAAUAAACCUCACAAAUGUGACAUUUGUGGGAAAUCUUUUACUAAGUUAAGUACUCUCAAACAACACUCAUUAAUUCACACUGGAAAGAUACCUCACAAAUGUGAGAUUUGUGGGAAAUCUUUUGCUACGUCAGGCUAUCUCAAGAAUCAUGUUUUAAUUCACACUGGAAAGGAACCUCACAAAUGUGAGAUUUGUGGGAAAUCUUUUGCUGCGUCAGGCUCUCUCAAGAGACAUUCAUUAAUUCACACUGGAAAUGAACCUCACAAAUGCGAGAUUUGUGGGAAAUCUUUUUCUAUAUUAGGCUAUCUUAACGAACAUACAUUAAUUCACACUGGAGAGAAACCUCACCUAUGUGAGAUUUGUGGGAAAUCUUUUACUAUGUUAAGCCGUCUUAACAAACAUUUAUUUAUUCACACUGGAAAGAAACCUCACCAAUGUGAGAUUUGUGGGAAAUCUUUUUGUUGGCCAUACGAUCUCAAGAACCAUUUAUUAAUUCACACUGGAAAGAAAUCUCACAAAUGUGAGAUUUGUGAGAAAUCUUUUGCUGCGUCAGGCGCUCUCCAGAAACAUUCAUUAACUCACACUGGAAAGAGACCGCACAAAUGUGUGAUUUGUGGGAAAUCUUUCACUAUGUCAAGCCAUCUCAAGAAACACGUAUUAAUUCACACUGGAAAGAUAACGUACAUGUGCGAGACUUGUGGGAAAUCUUUUACUAUGUUAGGUGAUCUCAACAGACAUGUAUUAAUUCACUCUGGAAAGAAACCUCACAAAUGUGAGAUUUGUGGGAAAUCUUUUACUGUAUUAGGCAUUCUUAACAAACAUUUAUUAAUUCACACUGGAAAGAAAUCUCACAAAUGUGAGAUCUGUGGCGAAUCUUUUGCUACAUCAGGUGAUCUCAAGACACAUGCAUUUGAACACACUGGAAGUGGACCUCACAAAUGUGGUAUCUGUGACAAAAGUUUCACUUACUUGGAUACUCUCAAGACACAUGCAUUGCUUCACAUCAGAAAGAAAAUGUAAGAAUGUGUUAGUUUACGCAAAUAGGUUUUCGUGGUUGGUGCCCUCAAGGCCUAUAAAAUAAUGUAUGUACCAGGGGACAAUAAAUUGCACAUUCAUCGAAAUAACUUUAAAAUCUGGUAGAAUUGUGAAAAAACUUGUAAUGAUGUGUACUAUAGAGUGCUAUCAGAUAAUGUGACAAAAAAUUCAUAUCUGUAGCUUCAGAUGUCAAGAAAUGGUAUUACCAAAUACUCAAGAAACAUGAAUCAAAUGUGUUUUUGUCAUUAGCACUGCUGCUUUUUCCUAUUGAUCUUGCGACAUGAAGAUUGUGAAUUGUGAUAAAUCCUUACAUUUGUCAGUAAUCAUAAGUAUCUUGCAAUAUUCAGUAUAAGGCCAACGAAAUGUGACGACUUGCUGCUUAAUAUUCCAAACAAAGUCAUCAUGUAGUACUUGUAACUGUAUUUUAGAAACAGUGACACUAAAAAUAUAUUCAUGGCACUUGCUUCAUUGAGGCUAGUAAACUCAAUACUGGAGAAACAUGAUUAUAACAAUUAUUUUACUCAGAUAUGUUUUCUCAAGAGACUUAGUGUGUCAUUAAUAGUGUGUACAUUUAUGUUCUGUUGGUACUAAUCCUGCAUUAGUAAACAUAACAACAAAUAUAAUAACCUGCUUAAUAGCAUGUUUGGCCAGCUUUGGAAUACAGUACUUUGACAAUUCUACAUGAUAUGGACUUGACACAUCAUUUACAUGCUUCUGGGUGUAUGUUGCACCAGUUGUAUUCCACAUGUUCAGAUUAGCUAAAUGGUAUGGUCAAGACAUCAGUGUUAGUUACCAUGCUACUCAGACCAUGCACAUGUGACAUGGACAAUUAUCUUGCUGGAAGAUGCCUCCACUAUGGGAGAGCACACUAGGAAUGAAGGAAUGCAUGCAGUUGCAAUAAAUGUCAUGUAGUCUGCAACUGUCAUGAUGCCUUCUGUUGCUAACAGGUGUCCCACAGGAGCCAAAGUGACUGCCCCCAUAGCAUAAUGGGCCCUCUGGUGCCAUUCGUUUAGAUGAUAGCAUGUCUGGAUGUGCAACUGACCUGGUGUAACAGGAAAUGUCACCCAUCCUGACAGUUACAUUUGAAUUGACCUUCACUCCAGCCUCAGUGAUCCCUUGCACACUGCAGUUGCAAGUGAACGUUUUGGUGGAUCGGUAUGGAAACAUACAGUGACCAUGUUCCAGAGCCACACAUUCAACAAUGUACAUUGAACUGUGGGUUCCAAAACGUGUAUGGCUGUCCCAGCGUUGAUUUCUGUCAUUAGAUAUGCCACAUAUUGCCACAUCUCCAGCUUUACAGAGCAGGCAAGCUUCUGACCUCCAUACUUUGUGAAGAAGUAUAGAUGUAUUACAUCUUAUCAUAAUGUUAUGGACUUAUUACCUUUCAGCCACUUUCCUCAGAUGUUCACAACAGUAGCAUAGAUCCAUUGUACCAACUUCACCACUUUUGAGGUUCUAGUUCCCAACUGCAAUGCCACUUUAACUUGCCCUUUGCUAAAGUCAUUUACAUCAUUAAAUUUACAUAUUUGCAGCUCACCUUACUGAUAGAACAAAAAGUGUAAAUCUCUGGUCUGCUUAUAUACUUGUAAUCUGCUUACUGCAUCAUGUGCAUACAACGUGGCAUUCAUUCUCCUCAUGAACAGUGUUCAUGACAUUUUUGCCCAUCAGUGCAUCUUCAUGUAAAUGGGUCAGAUGCGGAAAUGUGUAAUCUAAGAAAUUCAUCAUGCUUGGUUGCCAUUUACACUAGUGCACAAUAGCUAUAUUUUUUGUGGAAUAUUUUUGUUUCACAAAGCUCUGUACAUAAUUCAGGAAUAAUAUAGGUAAGUGUUAUCCAACAAAGCUCUUAAUUACUUGUUCAGCAUCUAAUACUGCGUAAGUUCUACAAAAAAAAAAAGUAAUAGGUAAACAAACAUUAGGUGUUAUGAUUUGAUUCCAGUUUCUUUUUAUACACAAGAACAACACUUGGGAGAGCUCAGAACGUGAGCACUAAAUAUUUCUUGUGUUAUAUUCAAAGAUGUUUCCAUUGUGGGUAUUUUUCUUAAUUUGUAGUAAAUAUACAUGAGGUUUUUGGAAAAUUGUACUUAUGCUUCAGUUUCAAUUUCAGAACGAUUGUUUUUAAUUUUGAUUUCCUACCUAUUUGUUAUUGUUGAAAGUGGUUUAGUAUGUUUCAUCAUAUGUGUAACAAUGGGAGAUAGUUAUAAUUAAGUGAUUGGCACUGUUCUAUACUUAUAAUUAAGUGUUUGGCACUUCUGUGUUGCUACACUUCAGCUGUGACACUUUGUAGUGAUAUGAUUACAUUGUAUUUCAUCUUUCCCAUGAUA